AUUAACAAAUAUCAAAUUUCACUACAAAAAUGCAAUCUGUAUAUUAUUAAUAGUUCUGAUGAAAUGGUACCUACAGAGUGAAAAGAUAAACAUCCAUGUAGGUAACAAGUCUAAACACAGAUAAAUAGUUUAUUUGUAAGUGGACAAAUGUAAUGAGCGACCUCUAUCUGAGGGUUAUCUUAGAUACAUACACCCACUUUGACAUAUUGUUGACGGGUAGAUGUGAAUUGACGGGUAAAGCAUGGUGUACUCUGUGAAGGGACCGUACAAACUUUGGCCAUUGAGACAGGAAUGGGACCAGUUACUUGCUCUUUACAGCGUUUUGUCAUAGUAGUUAUAUUAUUGUAUGGUGCCACUUUGGAACUGCAUUCAAGGGAUGUUUUGGACCUUAUACCUUUUCUGAAUACAACACAUCAAGGAUUAACAUUUACUGCUGGCGUUGAUAACACAACACAAGCUUUAGUUUUAACAGAUUCAAAAAGAAAAUUGGCACUGCCAGAUUUAGUUUCACAAGAAGCUUUAGUCAUGUUGAAGGAACAUAGUGAGAUUACAUUUUUAGCUACAAUAAAACAAGACAUUGGAGAUUCUGGUAGUAUUAUAGCAUUCUCCUCUGAUGUAAUGAGGUUUUUAGAAAUUGAGAGUAGUGGUAGGAAGGAUGAAAUUCGUUUCCACUACACUCACAACCGACAGAUUCGUGUUGAAACAUUCCCAUAUAGACUUGCCGAUAAUCGGUGGCACAAGUUAGCUCUCAGUUUAUCUGGAACACAUUUAACUUUAUUAGUAGAUUGUGUUAAAAUAUAUGAACGUGUUAUACAAACUGUUGAUAGAGUACCGAUCUUAGGAAAUAUAAAAUUAUACGUUGGACAAAGAAAUGGUCAACUUGCACUUUUUAGGGGGGCUUUACAAGAUGUACAAAUAGUAACACAGACACAUGGGUACCUGUUACAGUGUCCUAAUUCAGAUACAGCGUGUCCUACUUGUGCCCAAUUCCAAGCCAUGGAGCAACAAGUGAAAAACAUUUAUUCCAUGUACCAUAAUCUUUCAUUAGAGCUUCAAAGAGCAAAACAGAGAAUAGCAGAACUUGAGCAGUGUGAGUGUCAUAGGAGUUGUAUGUUUAAUGGUACCAUGAAAAAGGAACAGGAAGUUUGGAAUCCUGAUCCCUGUACUGUCUGUAUGUGUAAGAAUGGAACAUCAGAUUGUAAAAGAAUGGAUUGCCCACCUGCCCCCUGUGAAAAACCUGUGUAUAGAGAUGGUGAAUGUUGCCCUGUGUGUAUAACAAAUUGUUAUUUUAGUGGUAAAUAUUAUGACCAUGGUGCAUCGUACAGUCCUAAAGUGUGUGUUACAUGUACCUGUAAUGAUGGAAGAAUGGAAUGUAAAAGAAUGAACCCUGAGACAGAAUGUCCUAGACUGGAUUGUCCGAAAGAUAAAUUCAUUCAUAUACACGGAGAAUGUUGUCCGAUUUGUGAAGGUACAGACUUCUGUGGACAAGGCCACAAUUGCCAUCAUAAUGCCACAUGUUUUAAUCUAGCCACAAGAUAUGCCUGUCAGUGUAAGAUGGGUUUUAAAGGAGAUGGUGUAUUUUGUGAAGAUGUGAAUGAAUGUCUGGUUAAAGGUGGAAUUCAUGGACAUCAUUGUAAUGGACAAACAAAAUGCCACAAUACAGUGGGUUCCUACGAAUGCCGCUGUGCUAGUGGCAUCAAACCUGAGGACCCGUAUAAUUGUGACGAGGACCCACAUGAUGUUUGUUUAACUGGAGACCAUGAUUGCCACGAGAAUGCUGUGUGCCACAGUACAUACACUAGCUACAGUUGUCAAUGUAAAAAAGGAUAUUCUGGUGAUGGUUAUGAUUGUGAAUCUGUUUGUCCAGGUGGUUGUUUGAACGGUGGGAAGUGUGUUUCCCCAAAUGUCUGUGAGUGUCGCCAUGGAUACAUUGGUAUAAAUUGUGAGCUAGACAUUGAUGAAUGUGCCAUUGGUAUAUCUAAAUGUACAGUGAACAGUGUGUGUAUCAAUACUCCAGGCUGGUACCAGUGUGAUUGUCUAGAAGGUUACCAUAGUACCUGGCCAGAUAAUAACUUUGGAAGUCUAUGUUUGGAUGUGAAUGAAUGCCAAGGAGAAGGCAGCGGUCAUACAUGUCACAUGAGCACAACAUGUGUCAACACAGAAGGAGGCUACACAUGUGCUUGUCAGAUUGGAAUGCCAUGUAUUAAUGAUUGUAUGAGGAAUGGUGAAUACCACAGAAACAAAAGUGUAUGGACAGACGAAGAAGAUAAAUGCAUACAAUGUCACUGUCAGAAUGGUGUGACAAGUUGUCAUAAGAAGCCAUGUGACUGUUCAGCACCAGACGUUGAUUUUGAAUGUUGUCGCCAUUGUGACGAGAGCUCUAAAUGCCAACAUCAGGAAGUGCCGAUUUUCUUAAAGAAUGGCGAGCGCUGGAUUUUCCAGUGUCAGACUUGUGAAUGCUUGGAUGGUGAAAUAGAUUGUUGGCCAUUGACCUGUCCUAAAGUAGCAUGUCAUACUACUAUUCAGGAACCAGGAGACUGUUGUCCAAGAUGUGUGGAGGAUAAUCCAUGUCUCAGUUUUAUACAUGAAACAGGAGGGGCAGAUAACUCUGCAUCAUCUUGUCUAUACAAGGGUCAUAGAUAUACACAUGGUGACAACUGGGUGUUGAGAGAAGAUACUUGUACUUCAUGUGAAUGUAAAGCUGGACAUAUUUGCUGCUUGUUUAACCACACAUGUACAUCUUUACCAGAAGAAUAUCACAACUCAUAUACCCUAACUUAGCUGAACAUGCAAUAACCAUAGGAUGUUAGCAGGAGAAUUACAUAGACUGGCAGAAGAAGUAAAUGAGUUCUAGAAGAAAUUAUGUAAUAAUUACUAAAAAAGUGUCAAUACUAUUUCUUACUUGUAGUGCCAUGACAGCCUUUUCAAGGAUUUGGAUGUUGCUUCAAUGCAGUUAGCUUAAGGUAGAAUGUCCAUUGUCCAGAAAAUAUGGUGUUAUUGAUAUUAGAUAGGUCAGACUCUGACAUGUACUGUACAACUAACAGUGUACCAUAUCAUUAGCUUAUUAUAUUGUAGUGACUAACAUGUGUCUUAACCUAGAACAACAGAAGAAAGAUGGGCUCUGUGUUUAUUAUAAGCAUUCAACUUAAGAAGCACUAACUUUAAAGACCUUAUUAUCAAUAGUACCCAGUAUAAAGCUAAAUAUAGUGUUUUCAGUUUUAUUAGUUGUACCUGACUUUAGGAACAAAUCUUUGGUAUCUUAAGUCAU